AUGGACAACGGAGCCACCGACAACUGCUCCAGUAUCACUGCCACCACUCCUCCGACGGAAAACGAUCAGGAACGUCGCAAAAAGAAACCGUACAAGGAGUUGACGUUACAGGAGAAGGUUCAACUGAUACGACUCGCCGAGGAGAAUUCGGGCAUGAGCCAAGCGGCAAUCGCUGAACGCUACACGAUAGCGAAAAGCAAUGUGUGUCGAAUACUGCAAAGGAAGAAGGAAUACCUAUUGGCUUAUGAAUCGGCGGGUUAUGCGGGCUCAAGGAAGCGAAAACUAAAAGGAGCAGCUAUGGAACUGACCGCAGCGCCAGUGGAUUCACGACAAAUGGGACUGCUUGUGCCGGCUAACUCCGAAAAUUCUGGUAAUGAAACUCUACGAGCGCAUAUGUACAAACAACAUCAGAUCUCGAGGAUGUUCAUGUGUCGAUGCUGCAAUUGGGCGUUCCCCGAUAAAACCAGCUUGCACAUGCAUAUUCAGGCUAGAGAAGAAGGGAAAUCGAUUACGGUACCAGUAAUUGGAAAGGGACUUGCUCCAGAUGGUAUGGAUUCUCCGUACUCCACAUUGUCAAUCAAUAAUAAUACCUUGCCACAAAUGCAGAAUCCUGGAGUGCUGAACCCUACACCUGGAUUACCUUUCUUUUCCACCGCCCCACCACCUCCGCCAUCGUUGCCGUCGACUGCCGAAGAUAUGAGCCGACUACGGGAUCGUCUGGUGUUGAAUUCGUUGAUGACGCAGCCUGGGUUUGGAUUGGCAGCGGCAUGGUUGAACAACUUGCCGAAACCUAUUCCGACCACAAAACCAAUGGUUGAUUUGGUAAAAGCUGAUCCCCGAGAAGAAGAUGAAUGUGAAGUUAAUGUGGACAACGACUCGCAUACCGAUGACGAUAAGCUCAAUGUCUCCAGUAGCGAAUCCGAUGAAGGAAAACCCUUGGUUAUCAAACGAACGGAAAGUCCGUGCGAAAAUGGCUCUGCAACUAGUUCGGAUGGUUCGUCAAGUUCCGCUCAUUCACCGGUGAAUCUGUUCAAGAAAAGCGACGCACCAAGCGCUUUCCAUCACCUUAACGUUGACUCACGUUUCGUCGUCUCACCGUCGCAUGUUUCACCGUCAGAAACGCAUUCUUCUGCGAGUCCAAACGGUUGCUACGAUUGUGCCGUAUACAAGACGAAGCUUACUAUGGCAGAUAACAAGUGUCGAUACCUGGAAAGCCGAGGAAACACUUUGCAGACCGAAGCUGUUCGCGCACAAGCGCAAAUCUCGUCCGCAGAAGCGGCGCUUCGUGCGUUGGAAGCGGAAACUCGUGCGUUGAGGGAACAGACUGAGAUGCUUCAUAGACGACUUCUUGAUUGUCAGGAACAAGCAGUCCGUUUCAUGCAAUGUGAUCGAGCAUCGAAUCCACAAGCGGUGGCUCUUUUCAUGAAUCAUUUGAUUCAGUCGACAAUCAUUCGUUAG